UUGCGGGCAUCGAAGCCCAUUGAUUGAUCCCGCAUCAUCAAUUAGCGCCCAAAUGCUCAUGAAAUAUUAUCCGGGCCUCCUACCCACGGGACACUGCCCGGGAUCAAAUACAAACCCAGGGGUAGGUCACUUGCACGGUCCCCUCACCAUCCCCCUUGCAGUGGGGGGGGGGGGGCUAUGUCUGAAUCUUGGGUAUGGGUUUGUGAGUCAUGGGUGUUUGUUGCUUACAAGUGUCACACAAUAGCAACCAUGCUAACCUCUCAACCACCCAAUCAACGCUGCCACCCGACCAAAACUACCCUUCAACCACCCACCCAUCCACUCAGCCACCACAUUCCCUCAACCCGAGGGCGGAUCUAGAAACUUCCCAAAGAGUGACAGUUCCAAAUGUUCAACCUUUAGAAAUAGGACUCUAGAAUUUAAAAAAAUAUAUUUUAUCCCCAAAAUUUCAGGGCCUCACAGGAGGGGGACUGGUGGGGAGCAAUCGCCCCCUCCCACCCCAUGGAUUCACCACUGCCCUUAACCACCCGACUACCCCUCAACCAUUUAAGCAACACCACCCCUCAUCCUCCCAACCACCACAAUCUCUCAACCGCCACUACCCAAACUGUCCCCUUUCCCUCCCUCUUUCCCUACCACCUCCCACGCAUCGACAAAUUUGUCCGAGGUUUCGAGUUUCAAGAGCUCCACCGGCCCCCCAGAGGCCAUACAUUCCCCCUCCUCUCAUCAUCCCCCUCCUCCCAACACAAAAUCCAAGUUCACUUCACACCCAGAACUUCGGCGCAGCCACCACCACCACCACCGCAAUCACACAAUCACCACCGUGAUCCGGUGGCGACAGAGAGGUUACACAGGGGGAGGCAGACGAACGCAAGGAUGUCGGAGGGCAGCGAAGGGAAGAUAAAGGCGGCCGCGUUCCUGGCUUUCGCUGGCUGCGCGCUCAUGGUGGUGGCCAUCAGCACCAACUACUGGGCCGUGCUGGAAGCCACGGCGAGCACGGCCAACGCGAGUCUGUGCGAGUCGGCGCACCUUGGCCUAUGGCGCUUGUGCCGGCAGCAGGCGGCCCGCGACCCCGCGGUGGAGGACGGCGGCUGUCGGAAAGCACACUUCCCCACCAGCGAGAUCAAAUGCGCCUUCUUCAAGCACUUUAAAUUGGGAGCCGGAGAUGACUUUGAGGUCGCCACGCAGAAAGAGUACAGUAUCUCAGCGGCGGUGAUUGGCCUGCUGAGCUUCGUGCUGAUGAUCCUGGGCGCGGUGUGCGUGGGCGCGGGGCUCAGGAAGAACCGCACGUACAUGAUGCGACCCGCUGGCCUCUUGUGCCUCUGCGCUGGCCUGUGUGUGGUGGUGUCGGUGGAGGUGAUGCGUCAGUCGGUGAACCGCAUGAUCGACAGCCACGCCACCAUGUGGGAAGCGGUCACCUUCUCGUGGUCCUUCGGGUGCGCCCUGGCGGCCGCCACCAUCCUCUUCGUCUCCGGGGUGGCGCUGGUGCUCAUCUCCCUGCCCCGGAUUCCGCGUAACCCCUGGGAGAGCUGCCACGACUCGGACGAAGUGCCCGAGCAAUAGUCGGGCGGGUCGACUCGACGUCGUUACCGACAGGAAAAUAACAACGCACGCGGCGAUGGAGGAAUCGCCGUUUCACCCGGAUAUAGAGCAGGAUGAGUCGUCGUUUGAAGUCGACUUUUAACAGGCGGAUCGACGGCUUUGAGAUUCACUCUGAAGUCGAGAAAACGGGUCUCGUCCCAUAUAGAACACCUAACACAUCCAAUUUAGAGCUCUUGAGAAUCCGUUUAUUGUUGAAAAGGGGUUAUGAAAAUUAUACACUACAUCACACCAUACCAUAGAGAAGCCUUUUCUCAUCUCGUAUAGAAGCCUCGUCUCUUAUACAGAAUCCUAGUGUCAUCCAAUGAUCGAGCCCUCAUCCCAUAUUGCGCCUUUGUCGAACCCCAUACAGAAUCCUUGUCUCGUGCCACUACAUACAACAUCCUCAUCUAAAGCCGAUACAAAACUGUGUUCUCAUCUCCUUGUCUUAUAAGAUACAUACCUCUACAUCUUGUGCAAUGCAGAACCCUCAUCCCAUUCAUUACAGAAAGCUCGUCUCAUCCCAUACAGAACCCUUGUCUCACGAGGAUGAAAGUUGAGCUCACAAUGUAGACCACUUUGCAAGGCGAAUAUUGAUUAAUCGAAUCAUCGACUGAAAGCGAUUCUUACGCUGUUGGUGCACGCAUUAUAUUGUGCCACUGAGUAUCAUUUACAAUGUAUUCAAAUUACUGUGUGUGCAAAUGAGACAAUGCAUUUGACAGAAGUAGCCAGCGAGAGAAGUUAAACGGGACGAGAAAACAAACCUCGAUGUUAGAAUCGUUACUCUGCUCCGGCAAAUUCCGCUUGCUCUAUCCUUGCCAAUUACAAACUCCACGGCAUCUACCCUAAUCGUUUAAAUGCAAUCUAUGAACUUAAAUAUUUUUUUUUAUUUUACCAGGUAAGGCCCACUAAGCUACCUGGCCACAGACGAUAGCUCAACGAAACGACUUACCGCGCGGAAAUGUUUAGCAGCCAAAUACUCUAAAACGCAUACUCAGUGCGUUUAAGAUGCCAAAUACUCAAUCACAUUUGCACGCACCACCUUUAGCGACUAAUUGCCUGCCGAACAAGCCUGCGUCGAUUGCACGAUUAAUCGAUAGGUGGAGCCUUCGCUGGAAUCGUUAUUUUGUUGUUGUUGUAUUUUAUAUGCACGGUCGUGUUUCUCUCAACGCGAGCGGUUGAAACCCCGUUCCAGCGAUCGUCGCCAAGUGACGGAAUCGCUCUGUAGGGGGCCACCCCCCCCCCCUUUACGGGGAUCGUCGAGUGGGGACGUGGGGCACGCGGGAUGUGGGGGAUGUGGGUGGUGGUUGUGGGCAAAAUAUUGGGAUUCGUGUGACCGCAUGUUGGUGGAGUGCUCACGUCGCUGAAAACUUCGGAGGGAAUGAGGAUGAGAAGUGAGGAAAGGCCACGUUUGGCUCGAGUGAUGAAGAUUGUGGAUGUUACCAUUUUUUACGCAUGUGAAAAAAAUCGCUAAAUUGCGCCUCAAUAUGACAUUUUUCAGAUGAUACGGAUUUUUUUUUCUUUUUCGGAAUAUUUUGAUUUGAUGAGAAAGUUUGCCACAACUUCACGUCACGUGACAUCGGUCGACAUUACUUUUAUCGUACGAAGCCACGUCACCUGAUUACAUUGUGAUACAAACAUUUGACGGUCCAAUUUCUGCUGUUGUUUUCCUGAACAAACAAACAAAAAAUCCCGAAAUCAAUAUUUGUUUUAACAUCUGAAAACCAUCUCUAAUUGAGAUCAUCAUCAGGGGGCGAAACACUUUAGUCAAUUUGUUGUCCUUCCCCGCACCUCCGAUUAGCACGUUUGGCUACGUACGGUGCGAAAGAAUUUCAACACACAUAGCAUUGCAACAUGAUCUCUAGCCACGAUGGCCUAGCACAAUCGCCACCUCCUGGCCUCUUAUCUUCUCUCCAACCCCCUAUUUCACUUAUGAUUCGCUCACCCGUUUUGGAGCUCGCAGCGAUGAAGUUUGUCGCAUUAUAUUAUAUUCUGUUAUCCUGCUGGAAUGUGACCGAGCGUUCAGUUAUCGCCUUCGUAAUCUUCCACCGCGUUUAUAGGCGGCAAGAUUUGUUAUGAGCACGACGACCGACGUUGGAAUUAAAGCGCAGGCUUUUGUGGUGUCGCUGCGUAGCUGUGAAGCAGCUUACGGGGCAGUGGUGACCCCAGGGUUUGGGCGUGAGACAGAGCCAAAUUAAUAGAACGUGAAAUCCACCCGGCACCAACUUGGAGCCGUCAGGGGAAAUAACGCAAGUGCUGAAAACUGGUGUCAUUGUUUUUGUAUCUAAACACCGAUGUCUGUGAAGUAUCUGGUAAUACUGCUGCUGCGUUGCCAGUGGUGCACAAGCAAAAAUAACAAGUAAAAAAAAACUAUAUUCGUCAACAAUAUUGUGGCCUAAAAAUAAAAAGUAUAUAAUGUGAUGUUUUAGGCAAUGACUCUUCUUCAAAGAACAUACCAUACCUCUCUGGCCUCUCUAUAUGCUGUGAAGAGAGGCCAUUGCCUGAAACGUCGCCUAUUUUAUCUACGUUUCGAUAAUAAGUGAGGCCAAGACAGUCAAAAAACACGACCGCCAUAUGGCAGUCCUCGACGUACGAACAUAAUUAGUUGCCUAGACCCGUUCGUAAGUCGAACGGUUUGUAAGUUGGAACACAAUAAUGUACUGUAUUUAAAUUACCACACACACACACUCACGCCCAGCACGAAACUGACUCAUUACAUCUCGCGAAGGAUCGCUCAGCUGAACAAAAUAGUUCCACGGUUCAAUUUGCAAGAGCGAGUUCGCGGUUUAAGUCAAUGCAAAAAAAAAUCGAGUUUUUAUGGAAGCUGGUUCGUAACUGUUGGUGUUUGUAAGUCGGGCGUUCGUAAGUCGAUGACUGCCUGUACUUGGGUCUACUUGAACACGCUGCUGUCACCGCU